AUCAAAGGAUUAAACGAAAACAUUGAAAAUAACAUGCGUUCGUUAAAUUGGAUUUUUUGGAAAAAAAAAUAUAUUUACUAAUAACGUCACAUUAAACGUUCCAAAACAAUUCUAUUAAAGAUGACGUAUAUCUGUUUGGGAAUGAUCCUUUACUUGAUGCUGUUACCAACGAAAAUACAAUCAAAAUUUGACGAUAUUCAAAACGGAAAUAUGAGCGCCAGAUCGAAAUUGAGCAUUCAAAUAACAGAGAAUUUCAAACGUAUGUUGAAUUAUGUGCGAAAUUCUAAGGAAUUCGAGCCGUUCAUGUUUUCUCUACUUUUGUCCGAUACGAAAUCGAACCUACUCGUAUCUCUCUUGCAUCACAUAUCGAUCGAUUUUAUUCAUGGCUAUCGAAUAAGCGUUAACGAUUUUCUCUCGUUAUAUACGUGGAAGGAUGAAGGACGUAUCACUUGGAUCCUACCAAUCGAUGAUUUCGACGAUCUCAAAGUUUUAAUACAUUUACGCGAGAAAUUAUGGAAACCGAAUAAUCAGUAUUUGAUCAUUUUCGUUGGCGAGGAAACGUCAAGGAAAAGAUGGAAAACAAUUUUCGAUGAGCUCUGGGUAAAAUUUAAUGUACAUAGAAUUUUAGUUUCGUCGAUGACCGAUGAGUUUCGAUGUUUCUUAAAUUAUCAUCCUUUCGAUGUCACAACGAACGGUUUUGGGAAAGUUCAUAAAUCAUGUUUCGAUGACAUCGAAGAAUAUUCUACGAAGAGAAGAACAAACUCCGUAACUUCCGUUCUAUCAGGAGAUAUAAGUUUGUUCGAGAAUUUUGAGAACGUAAAUGGUUAUCCGAUAAAGAUCACUGUUUUUCCUUCGAUGAUGAUGCGCAUAAACAUAGACAAGAACAAUGUCAUCCAUUACACGAAAUUGGAUGCAAAUGUGAUGAAAACGUUGGAGAACAGUUUGAACGCGAGUUUUGCUGUCAAUAUAUUACGCAAAAACACGGAGGGUGAUCCUUUUCAAGAAUCUUUACAAGAUAUUAAAGAUCAGAAGAGCGAGAUCAUAUUUACAAGUCUUUUUGUUAAGGAUUACAACGAUUCUUAUCACUAUCAGUUUACAAUGACCGUUGGCGAAGACAAGCUUUGUUUUAUCGCACCGACCAAAGGCUAUUUACCUAAAUCAUAUAUGCCUUUUUUACCUUUUACGAAGGAUCUGUGGAUGACCCUAGCAUGCUACAAUAUUCUCGUGACGAUAUUCUGGAUGAUCCUAAAACAUUUGAGUUAUUCGUUUCGUAAUAACAAACCGAUUACCUGUCCUCUGGGGGAAACGUUUUGGAAUAUUCGUCGGAAAAAGCUCGCACGUAAUAAUAUCCUUUUGAAAAAGAAAAAGGAUAAUUCUCGUUCGAGAAAAAAUAAAGAACCACCUGAGAUCCAUCCAUACGUGAUCCGUUGCACGGAAUUGAUCAUAUUAUUUUGUCAUCCCUUCGAAAAAGCUUACACCCCGGCACUUAGAAUAUUUCUUAGUAGCUCCUUACUAUUCGGCCUUGUAAUCGUUGGACUCUAUAACAAUUGGCUUAUGUGGACUCUUAGCAAACCAUUGAGAUAUCCAGAAAUAAAAACGAUCGAGGACGUUGCCGAUUCUAAUUACACGAUAGUUACGAAAUAUUUAAAUUUGAAAAUGAACACGUUUAUCGAGAACGAUCCGUUGGACACCAAACUGCGGAAUAAAAUCAUUGUGCUUAAUUCGGAUAAACCAACGAAUUACUUCGUCGCCGUUGACAGAAGCGUUAUUGCUCUUGGACGAUUUACCUCGAUCAAGCUGGAGAAUUAUUCGAUUUAUUACGACGACGAUGGGAACAAAUUGAUCCACGUUGUCGAAGAGUGUCCAGUUACUUAUACGCUUUCAUACGUGAUCAGACUUAACUCUCCGUACACAGAGAGGAUCAAUAAUUUGCUGUUAAGGAUACAAGAGUUUGGAUUCGUUAACUUUUGGUACGAAGAAAUGACAUAUCCGUUCUUAAUCGAGGAAAAAAAAAUGAAAUUGGCGUUGAGCGAGAAAAAGAAGAAACUCACAUUGGAACAUUACUCGUUAACGUUUCUUGGACUUUUUAUUGGCCUAAUUGGAUGUUUCCUCGUAUUUCUCGGUGAGAUUCAUUAUGCAAAAUGCGGAAGAUGUUGAUUUAAACAUUGUAUUUUUCUAUAACGCCUGCGCGUGCAUGUGUACGAUUUUUAUUUUAUAUAUAUAUAUAUAUAUAUAUAUAUAUAUAUAUACACACACACACUUCGGUUUUAGGAAGGUUUAUCCAUUGAAUGAAUCUAUGUACAUAAUUAUUAAUGAACGAUUAUAAUCUGUGUCAGGAGCUGUGAGUGAAACAGCUGUUGAGGGUGAUUAAAUCGAUUUCACUUCGUAUUUUAAAUUACAUAGAAUAAGGCUUA